AUGGCUGCCGCUGUGGAGGGGCAUCAUGGCGAGGCUCUCGGCCUGCCGUUGCCCACCGCUCCGUCUACCUUAAUUGAGUCCUUCAGCCCGACCCCCAUGACCGCCAUCUUGAACGCAACGAUACGGCAGAGGGAACCGGGCACCAACCGCUGGCCGUUUGAGGAUGAAAUGGUUUCCGCCUGGAUCACGGACUGCACGGACAAGCAGUGGAUCGGUCCCGGGCAGGAGGUGCCGUUGUCGAGAAUCACCAGGCUGUGGCUCCAUGGCUUUUGGGGAUCCGGCAGGACGGUGGUCACGGCGACAGUCAUAGAGCAUCUGAUCCGAGAGCGCCCAGCUAAUCAUGCCGUUGGCUACUACUUCUGUAGCCGGUCACGAAUACCAACAAUGGAUCCGCUGAAUAUCCUCCGCACCUUGAUAGCCCAGGUCGCUCAGCAGAACGAGGAUGCGUGCAAGCUACUCGAGGCGUACCUGGAGGGUGAUAAUAACCUUGGCUUGGCUCCAGAGAACUCUGAGGCCUAUUAUCAGGGCUCGGCUGCUUCACUAGACAUGGACACCCUCGGCAAACUACUCCAAACGGUUUCCCAGUGCUUUGAGCGCGUCUCCCUUGUCAUCAACUCCAUCGAUUUCAUAGAUUCUGAUGCCGAGGCCGCCUUUGUUCGCUUGCUUACUUCACUGGUUGACAGUCCGGCAUCCACCCUCCGGGUGUUGUUUACCACGUCGCCGAAAAGCAAACAGGAACGACUAGCUGCCGAGACGAAUUGCUGCCCUAUUCAGGUGAAGGGACGAGCUGAAGACAUCCGCCUAUUCGCGCAGGCUGAGAUUGCUAAGCGCAUCAGCUGUGGCGACACAUUCUUGCAGCCAGAUCACGUUCGUUCAGGGAUCGAAAACUAUAUUGCCGACAACAGCAAUGGCGCGUAG